AUGGCAAAUGCUUGUAGUAAAGCCAAAGAUUUUUUUGGAGUUAUACAACGCAUAUAUACAAUUUUUGCAAAAUCUACCAAGAGAUGGGGUAUUUUGAAAGAUAAUGUACAUGGUUUAACUCUUAAGUCAUUGUUUUCCACUCGUUGGGAGAGUCGUGUUGAGAGUGUUCAAGCAAUAAGAUUUCAAAUGGUAGAAAUACGAGAGGCUUUACUCCAGGUUGCAAAUGUUGAUGGUGAUUCCUUAGUAAGAAGUGAAGCUAAAUCUUUAGCAACAAAUGAACUUAGUGAUUUUGAAUUUUUGGUGGCUAUAGUAAUAUGGUUCCCUAUAUUGUAUCGUAUUAAUUUUUUUAGCAAGUACUUGCAAUCCAAAGACAUGCUUAUUGAUGUUGCUUUUGAAAAAAUUGAGGAGUUGAUUUCUUUUUUUGAGGAAUAUAGAGAAAGUGGUUUUAAUGAUGCCUUGGAUUCUGCUAAGGAAAUUGCCAUUAAAAUGGAUAUAGAUCCCUUUUUUCCUAAGAGACGUGAAAUCCGUAGAGAAAAACAAUUUGAUGAAAAUUCAAAUGCAUCAUUAGAAGUUUCAUUACCUGCAGAAGAUUCAUUUAGAGUUAACUAUUGUCUUUUCAUUGUUGAUCAGGUCGUUGUUUCUCUUAAAAGUAGGUUUGAGCAAUUUCAAGAAUAUGAGAAAAUAUUUGGUUUCUUGUUUAAUUCUGACAGGUUAAAUUCUUUAGAUGAUAUGAAUUUGAAGUCUUCCUGUAGUCGUCUUGAAAAUGCUCUUAAGCAUAAUGGACAUUCAGAUAUUAAUAGAGAUGAGUUGUAUGUGGAGUUAAAACUAAGAAGAGAGUUGUAUGGACAUGAAAAAAUAGGACCCAUUGAAAUUUUGAAAGAUUUAAAAUUGUUUGAUUGUUAUCCUAAUGCGGUUAUUGCAUACAAAAUUUUAUUAACUAUUCAUGUUACUGUUGCAUCUGCAGAAAGAAGUUUUUCCAAGUUGAAAUUGUUAAAGUCCUACUUACGGUCUACAAUGUCACAAGAACGACUCAAUGGAUUAGCAAUGAUAUCUAUCAAAAAUGAUUUUUUGGAUAAAGUAGAUUAUGAAGAGUUGAUCGAUGAAUUUGCAUCAAAAAAUGCUAGAAGGACAUCUAUUUUUAAAUAAAAGAUCUCUAGUUUCCAUUAUCUAAUUAAUGUAAAAUAAAGUUG